UGUGGCGUGGGGCGAUGAUUCGAGAAUAAUCUGGCGGUAGCCUCACCGGUCGUAUGCGUAUCCGUUGGACCGAUAUAAAUUGCGUUGAUCGCCUUCUCAAGCCCGUGUACUACAUCCAAAAGCCUAGCUCUUCCUCGUCUGUUAAUCAAGAUGCAGAUCUUUGUUAAAACUCUUACUGGCAAGACUAUCACCCUUGAGGUGGAGUCUUCGGACACGAUUGACAAUGUAAAGGCCAAGAUUCAGGACAAGGAGGGGAUCCCUCCUGACCAGCAAAGGCUUAUUUUUGCUGGCAAGCAACUCGAGGACGGUCGCACCCUUGCCGACUACAACAUCCAAAAGGAGUCGACGCUCCACCUCGUGCUCCGCCUUCGUGGAGGCAUGCAAAUCUUCGUCAAGACGCUAACUGGCAAGACAAUCACCCUUGAAGUCGAAUCCUCGGAUACUAUUGACAACGUCAAGGCCAAGAUCCAGGACAAGGAGGGCAUCCCGCCUGACCAGCAAAGGUUGAUCUUCGCCGGUAAGCAGCUGGAGGACGGCCGCACUCUGGCCGAUUACAACAUUCAGAAAGAGUCCACUCUUCAUCUUGUCCUUCGCCUCCGUGGUGGUCACUGAGUAACAUCAACUCAGCUUUUGUCUGCUUGGAUCUCUGUCUGAAAUUGUGAUGCGACAACUAUGCUAUUUAGAAUAAUGCAUCAUUGCAACUUGUUGGCUUCUUUCUUUAA